GAGUCAAACGAAGAAGAAGCCGUUUAUUUGAGAGCUGUGGAUUUUACCCCAGAAAUGGCCAAGUUUGAGUAUUUAAACACGUUUUUUACCGAGCGGCUGUUAGCUGUUGCCGGAGAACUAUUUCAGGUAGUUUCAGACAUUAUUAACGAGUACCAGGAGGAAACCGAGCGCAUUAAGCAGGAAAACACGGCCCUGAAGGACAUGCUAACAGCAGAGCGACUGGCUAACAAGCGAGAUGCUUCAACAAAUCAAGCAGUUCCUCAGGAGCUAUCAAACCUUUCCCAUGGACCCCUGGAUUCAAAUUCCUCAGUAAUACAAGUCAAGGUGGAGUUGUCCAGCGUAAAACAAGACCUUGUGUCAGCGGAACCAAUAAGUGAUCCCUCCACAGCAACUACACCGCACCGUUUCUCAGGAAAGACUACAAAUGAGAUAAUAAAUGACGAUUGUCUCCAUGAUAACUCUGACAUCACAAUCAAAUCUGAGCCGGGAGACUCCCAGAUCGUCAUAUCUGAUGAUUCGAACCCUGCCAUGCCAAGUGACGGUGUAACUGACUCUAAUUUUGUUGGUGUAAAAGAUGAUCAAAGCCCCGAUCCAUCUUCACAUGACACAGUGCAAAGUGAAACACCUGAUAGAAUUGUUUACUGCCAAUAUUGCGGAAAGCCUUUCAGAAACCGUGGCCAGCUAAAAAGGCAUAUGGUUGUGCAUCAGAAAGACAGGCCGAGGCCGUAUCGCUGUGACUUGUGCGGGAAGUGCUACUCCUACGCACAAGUGCUCGAGGUCCACCGUCGGACUCAUACAGGGGAAAGGCCGUAUCACUGUAAAUUUUGCGGAAGGCGUUUUAAUCAGAAUGGCCACUUAAAGGAGCAUGAAAGAAUUCAUACUGGUGAAAAGCCUUUCGGUUGUCCAAUCUGUGGAAAACGGUUCAUUCAGUCCAGCCAAGUCAGAAAACAUGUCAAUUACCAUCAUCCUUCAGUGCAACAAAAGCAAUAAGGAGGAGAUGGAAGUAACUGGAAAAAUAUUCAUCGUGAGGCCUCGAACAUGCUAAGCGGCAAGGCCUGUGAUUUGGAGCAUGCAUACAGUACUAGUCAAAAUUUUGUACACACACAUUCAUAGGUUUUACAUUGUAGAACAAUACUGAGGAGAUCAAAGCUAUGAAAUAAUAUAUGGGAGCUCUUUCACAAUCAGGGUAUACUGGACUUUUUGGAUCCAUAAUAGUCCAAAAAUCAAACCUCAGGUUUUUGUGUUUCUCUGCUGCCAAAAAUGACCUUUUGGCGGCGUAUAGUGUGUUUCUAAACUUGACCCACUUUCUUACAGUCCAUAAGAGUAAGGUAUACAAUGUGAAACUGUUGAAAUGGAUGUGAUCUUAAGUCUAAAUUUUCAAGUCCUGUGCAGUAGUGAUUUGUACACGGUGCUAACUGUCAGAACAACUGAAGUGGUGACGAUCCUUGUGGUUUUCCAGACAGGACUGUUUUGACUCCUGCACCUUUCAACCACAUGUGAAGCUCUGCUGCAAAUGUGUUUCGCAUCCUGGGUUUUUUUUUUUUUGUUAAACUGUGCAACAACAGAGAGUAUUCUGCUUCGAAAGAGAGAAAUAUUUUCUUUAAAAAUCAUUUACGACCUCAUCAUAUUAAGUGUUUUCCAGAGAGGAAAUUUUUGACGGACAAAGGAUCCUGUCGAAAGCACUUAAGUUUACAAAAAAAAUUAACUUCCACCUAAAUAUCUUUUCUAUUGUGAAUGAAGGUACUGUAUACAACCCAGAGUAAAACCUAGUCAGUGCGGAAAAAAUGCAAUUGUGAAUUUAACCAGUAAAAUCUAAGUGUGAUUAAAGUAGAAUUAAAUGGAAUGACCCCAAGGUCGGGCGGCACGGUGGUGUAGUGGUUAGCGCUGUCGCCUCACAGCAAGAAGGUCCGGGUUCGAGCCCCGUGGCCGGCGAGGGCCUUUCUGUGCGGAGUUUGCAUGUUCUCCCCGUGUCCGCGUGGGUUUCCUCCGGGUGCUCCGGUUUCCCCCACAGUCCAAAGACAUGCAGGUUAGGGUAACUGGUGACUCUAAAUUGACCGUAGGUGUGAAUGUGAGUGUGAAUGGUUGUCUGUGUCUAUGUGUCAGCCCUGUGAUGACCUGGCGACUAGUCCAGGGUGUACCCCGCCUUUCGCCCGUAGUCAGCUGGGAUAGGCUCCAGCUUGCCUGCGACCCUGUAGAACAGGAUAAAGCGGUUAGAGAUGAUGAGAUGAAAAAAAAAUAUGUUUUAAAGAAAAGUUUAAUAUUUUAGAUUCUUCAGCAUAGCCAGUGUUUACCUUGAUGACAAUAGUGUGCAAAGCGUCAUUAUCUUAACCAGCUUCAUGAGGUCGUCACCUGGAAUGCUUUUCAAUUAAUAGGCGUGUCUCAGUAAAAGUUAAUUAGUGGACGAGUUUCUUGCCGCCUUAAUGCGUUUGAGAUCAAAUAAAUAAUAAACGUACAGUAAAUGGCCCAAUUCAACACCACAACUGUAGUAAUGCAUAUUAUGUCAAGAACCGCUCGACUAAGUAAAGAGAAACGACAUCCAUCGUUACUUUAAGACAUGAAAAAGUGUCUUUUAAUUUAAAAACUAAAGAAAAGCCAUUGAAUUAGGUGUGUCCAAACUUUUGACUAGUACUGUAUGCAAAAGAAAAAAAAAACACAAUCUUAGUGUAUACAAGCUUGCAAAUGUGGUCUUGGUUUCUCAUAGCCCUAGAGGACUUGCACCUUCACUGAGUGAUAUUGCCAAUUGAGUUAGUAGUGCGUCUACAUCAUGGCAAAUCAAAUCAAACAGUUAGUUCUCAAUGUGUCAUCUUUUAUUAUUGAUUUAAUUUUUAUUUAAUUACUUGGCUAUAAAAAAGAUCCCCCACAUAUUAUCCCAUCCUUCCUGCAUUUGGUAUCUUCUUAUGCAAAUAAAUACAAGAUUUCAGAUUAGAGACAAAAGCUUAUAAGAAAAUGAAAUUUUCAUGGAAAUUCAUUAUUUUUACACUAAUAAUCUGUCAAUAUGAUGAUUUUUGAACAAGUUUACCUCUGUCAUGUUCAUU